AUGUAUUCUCGAGCCGCCCUCCUUCUCAAAAAGGCCGGCACCGAGCACUGGGCUUCUCGCCCAUACUCCUCUUUUAAAGACUUGCCCAAAGUAGGUCCUGUUGGUGGCAACAAGCCCCGUCCGAACAGGUUUGCAGAAAUGUACGACAAGAAAUCCAGAACCAACAAUGGACAAGGACGUUCCCCUGAACAAAACACACAGCACAACAACAGAAACUUCAGACAAAAUGGGCAAUCCCUGCCAUAUCAGGGUUCUACGCCUCGCUCUAGACAAGAUGCGACCGCAUCGCAGCACCAAGAAUAUUCUCGCCUCAAACAGAGAUUCAAUGAAGAGAAGCAGAGGCAAAAGGAGUAUCUGCAGCCGUCUUCGAAGCCCCAGGCUGUUAAGAAGCGCAGAAGAGUGCGCGAGCCGGUCAAGAUCACCAUCCCACCGUUUGUCACUGUGUCUACAUUGUCAUCUAUUCUAAACGUUCCACUCUCUAGAUUUCUUAAAAGACUCGAAAAGAUGGGUUAUGAGGAAAUGACCCACCACUACAUCUUAGAUAAAGAAAACGCAUCGUUGAUCGCGGACGAGUUUGGGUUUGAAGCGACAGUGAGCGAGGAGCAGGACAAUGAUCUCCUUCCAGCGCCUGUAGAUGAGAGCAAGUUGAAGCCCAGACCGCCGGUGGUUACAAUUAUGGGUCAUGUUGACCAUGGCAAAACUACAAUUUUGGACUACUUGCGUAAAUCGGCGGUGGUAGACAGCGAGUUUGGAGGCAUCACGCAGCACAUCGGUGCGUUCUCCGUGAUGACGCCUGUCUCCAAGAAGAAAAUCACAUUCUUGGAUACUCCCGGCCAUUCGGCUUUCUUGAGUAUGAGGGAGCGUGGUGCCAUCGUGACAGAUAUCGUCAUUUUGGUAGUGGCAGCAGACGACUCUGUGAUGCCCCAAACAAUUGAGGCCAUUAAGCAUGCCCAGAAGUCAAAUGUUCCUAUAAUUGUGGCUAUCAACAAGUGUGAUAAGCCAUCAAAAAACAUUGAGAAGGUUCUCAACGAUCUUUCUCGCUAUGGAGUGGAUAUCGAGGAUUAUGGUGGUGAGACACAAACUGUUCAAGUGAGUGGUAAGACCGGACUCAACAUGGACAAAUUGGAAGAAGCCGUUAUCACGCUUAGUGAAUUGAGCGACUUUCAAGCUGAACCUACUGGUGUGCCAGCUGAGGGAUGGGUUAUCGAAUCCCAAGUUGUCACUGGAUUGGGUAACAUUGCCACCGUUUUGGUCAAGAGAGGAACAAUGAAAGUCGGCUCAUACCUUGUUGCCGGCACCACAUACUGUAAAAUUAGAGGUAUGAAAGACGAGUUUGGAAAGACUGUGAAAGUAGCAGGACCUUCGACUCCAGUCAGAGUUUGGGGCUGGAAAGAUCUUCCCCUGGCUGGUGAUCGAAUCAUUCAAGCAGACCUGGAGCCUGUCUGUAAAAAGGUCGUUCAAGCGCGGGAGGAUAGAGAAAAACAACAGCAGACCAUUAAAGACAUCGACUCUAUCAACAAGAAGAGAAAGCAAGAGGUUGAGGAGAUGGAACUACAGGAGAAAAUCAAUGAGCGCAAAUUGGCUGGAUUGGAUGCAACUGACCUAAUCAAAGAAACUGAGGCAGCCACGCAGAAAGUUCAUUUCAUUGUCAAGAGUGACGUUUAUGGUUCUGCUGAGGCCAUCAAAGAGAGCAUUGAAGGACUUGGAAAUGACGAAGUUCAAGCACUGGUCAUUUUCUUCGAGGCAGGCCCUCCCACCAAGUCCGAUUUGGAAAUGGCUAGCGCACUUGAUGCGCAGAUUUUGUGCUUCAACGUGAAGGUUCCUAAGGCCAUCCAAGCUGAAGCAAGUCAGCUCAAAGUCAAGAUCCUGGAACAGAACAUCAUCUAUCGUUUGAUCGAACAUGUGACAGAGGAUCUUACGUCUCGUCUCAAGCCUCACAUCGACAUCAAGAUUUUGGCAGAGCUUGAGAUUCGUGCCGUAUACGAUAUCACUGCUAAAAACAAGGCAAUCAUCAAAAUUGCUGGUUGUAAAGUCAACAAUGGUACGUUGAAGAGGUCGUCGCAAGUCCGUGUGAAACGUAACGGCAAAAUUGUAUUCACCGGUGAAUUGUCAUCCCUUAAGCAUGUCAAGGACGAUGUGACUGAAGUGAAGAAGGGUUUGGAAUGUGGACUCCAAUUUGACAAAUGGAGCAAGUUCGAAGCCGGUGAUGCUAUAGAGGCUUUCGAGGAAGUGGAAGUGCCUAGAUUCUUGUAG